UGUUUGGGAGAGGCCUCUACAAAGUAUGCAUUUCAUAUAGAAGGCUUUCCUUGCCCUUUAAACAGCAACAGGUAGUAGAUUGCUAUGUGACUGACUUCACCUUUGUGCUCAUGUCCCUGAUUAUAUCCAUGGGUUCAGGUUUCAGGUCCAUUCUUACAGUCCCUGUCAGUCUGGGUCCUGGGUGCAGCUCUGCGUAUCAUAGGGUUUGGCAUCGAUCCCUCCCACUAAACUCAAAUGCACAAAUUGACACUGAUAUUGCCAUUAUUUAGCCAGUGGUACCGAGUAUCACGCACACCAUGUUGGGACUUACACUGAUCUACUUGCUCAUCCUUCCCACAGUGCUCUGUAAAAAACCCAGCCAAGUAAUCGAUGGAGUCUUUAUGUCGAGUGAAGAAAGGCUCAGUUAUGAAAGCGCAGUACAAACCUGUAGUGUAACCCACAACGCAGCCCUGGCCACUAUGGAGCAAGUCACAAACGCCUAUAGGGGUGGAUUUGAGUUCUGCAAGUGGGGAUGGGUGAGAGAACGUCGCAUUGUUAUGCUCCGCCUGAGCCCUUUUGAGAAAUGUGGGGACUUUAAUAUCGGAAUCCUUAUGAAAAGGUGCCCAAACUUCCAAUCCCAGACUGCACUGUGCAUCAAGACUAAUGGACCAUCAGACUGGAUAUUUGAAGCUGCCAUUGUGUACCAGCCAUCUUAUGAAAAUGCCAGUCUUGCGUGCCAAGAACAAGGUGGUAAAUUAGCCACGCGGGAAGAGAUCGAUGCAACGACUAAUCGCAUUGUAACACGCAACAACCCUGCCUGGUAUGAUUUUGGUGUUGGUUUCAUCAACAUAAAUGGCACAUUUGAAGACCCCUGUGAGAAAGUCACCAGCAUUGCUUCAGCUUUCUGCUACGACAAAGACAGAGUGGAUGUAAUAUUACAAGACAAGACUGAAAACUUGAAAAGACUCAUCAUUCUUUGUAUUCUGGGAUCCAUAUUUGUUAUCUUGCUGAUUUCUGCCUUUCUUAUGAAAGGGAACCAGUUUGUCUGUUGUCAAGAAAAGUUACCAGUGGUCACAAGAGACGACUCGGGGUGUAUUAAGUACCCAGAGACCCAGUGGAAUCAAAUGCCCACAUACAGAGUUAUUGGUGGAACAAUGACCUCAGUAGACUCCAACAAAUACCUGAGAGGAAACGACAGACGCCAGUCAUACUUCAUUUCUCAGAUGAGCCAAGCGAGCGCCCCAAUGUAUACCAAUGUGGCCUAUGACCAAAGUACCGAUACAUAAAAAGCCAUACAGUAUAUAGCCUAUAACCAAUAAGUGCAUUAGAUAGGCAGCCAAAGCACUAAAGUCUUUACAUUGCUAGACCAGUUUAUUAAAUAUAGAGGGGAGCACAAACAAUCCUGUUCUUCUCCUUAAUAUGUUUUGGGCCCUUUGGUGCCCUAUAUUUAUACUUGAGAAAUGUAGCUAAGGUUGAGAUGUCACCUUACUGAUGGCAUUAGGGCAAAAAUGAUCCAGUUCCUUUUCAGUCUAAAGGGUAACAUGAAAUAAAAAGGCUCUUUAUUAUUACCUACCAUGCCAGAGCACUAAGUGGGCAGAAUUGGGUCCUUUGGUGCUCAUGCAUAGAACCAGAGCAAUGGUUCUUUUGUGUGCCUUUUACCGCGUACGUUAGCAAAUACAGGGCUCUCCUGCUCCAUGGAGCCCCCGCUGCUCCCUGGCUUCUAAAUGAUACUCAAGCUUUGGAAAGUCAAGGGGACACCCCCUUAUUGCUCCCACCACCCACCCAUUUACAUCAAUGCCUACAGCAAUCACCCACACUUUUUGCACCCUAUUUUGUAAGCCUUAAGAGUCGCACAUGUAGGUGUAAGAAUGGAAUCUUUAGGGGCAAGGCACAAAUGGAAAAAUAAUGCGUUUUGCACCUCAUUUUUGCACUUUGCACCCUUCCAUCAAUGAUAAAUAAGCCUUCAGGUCUCAGAAACCCCCUUUUGCUGUCAGAAGCUUAGAGCUGAGGAGCAAAGGUUGUGGUUCCUUGGUUAGGAGCGGCCUUCUUGCCUCACUCGAACAGCAGGUAUAUCAUUAAUCUUUGGACUCCCUAACACUUUAGUUUAUUAUUGAGUGUGUUACAGUAAAAAGUGAAAUACUGUUUUCUACAUGGAGGGUCAACUGGCUGGGACCAGUGAAACAAGAGGCUACAUGUGUGGCACAUGUGUACCCUGAAAAGCUUACAUUGGGGUCACUGGAUGAACCACACUUCAGCCAUCAUAUCUGUGUAUGCCCAGUAACAAACAGACACCACUAAAGUAAUUGGCAAAAGGCAUGGGUGGUAUUGUGGGAUAUUUGGUGUUUUCAGGUCUGAACCGAGAGUCAAAAUAUUCCCGGCAUUUCAAAUACACAGAGGCCCAAAUGACUCCAUAAAGGCCCAAUAAAUAGUGACUGUCUAUGGCAUCUUACAGCAGCCUCUCUGGCAUUUGGCAAAUUUCACAGGUUACCAGACUGGGCCUGGGUGUUUUCUCAAUGGUACAAAAAUGCCAACGGAUAAACCACCACGUCUGACCUUAGGAGAUAUAUCCAUAUGCAGUUUUACGGAAAACUGUAGGUCUUGCUCUGCCCGGUGGCUCUGUACUCAUGGGAGUGCACAUCAUUGCUUAAUACCAGGGGUGUAAAAAAUAUGGUAUAGAGGCCCAGUGGACACUGCUGUGGGACCCACUAAAUUCUAGUUACCCCUAGCUGCAGACUAAACGGGAUGCAGAUCCCCAGGACAUAACGGGUUUAAUUCAUGCCCAAGGCUGCUGUGAUCCUGGCGGAUCACUGCCGUGUUGCUCAGCCAAAUUAAACUAGAGAAGGUACAUUGUUUGUAUAAUAAUAUAGGGUAAUACAUAUGUGUGAUUCUCUGAAUGGUUGUGCAUUGUGUGUCUGCGUGAAUAAAAUAAUUAUGGCGCUUUU